AUGGUCCGGAAACUUGCGGUAGAGGUAGACAGCAAUAUCUACCUAGAGCGCAAAGAGGAACUUACCGCAUGGCCACGUACUUACACACCCAUUGCCACUGCUGCAACUACCGUCCGCGCUGAAGAAACGACACAACAAUACGGAGCUCGCCAUACAGGCCUACGCCCUCCCCUCACAGAUACCGAGAGAAACCGUCGGCGAACCCAUAAUCUUUGUCUAUACUGCGGAGCAAACGACGAUUUGGUGGAAAGAUGUCAGCUCACAAAGGGACAACGCCGCCUCAACACCACGGCAUACGAGCCAGACACUGCAACCUCUAUACACCACAAGAACGAAUCUGUACGUACUCACACCCUCUACUCUGCUAAAUUGCAAACCUGGCGCCCCCCCACUGACUUCACCCCUAGGAUUAAAUCUCGACGUCCUCAACUCAAAGUCAAAGGGUCAGUGGGUGGAAAGGUAGUGCAUGCAUUAGUAGAUAGUGGUGCGGAAGAUAAUUUCAUCAAUAAAAAUAUUUUACCAGAACUUCAAAUCCAAAAGUCUACUCCUUUGUCCCAACCAAUUAUCGCUGCAGACGGCCACAUCAUCGUGCCUAGUGAUAAAGCAAGAAUCGUAGAAGUAGAAUGUAAAUUUAACGACCUCGCAAAAGGUCAAUUCUCCUUUGUACCAGCUCCAUUGAAACAUCAAGAUGUCAUACUAGGUUACCCAUGGUUGCAACGCAUAAAUCCAAACAUUGAUUGGAUUACCGGUAAAAUAGAAUGCAACAAUCUCAUACCACAAAAGCGUCCCAUAAAAACACCAAUAAUAAAAACAAGGCCACGCACAUUUCCCUCCCCUCUCCGCACUGUAGGUCAACGCUGGGGUGCACGCCCACUCAAUAACAGUAACGCCAUCGCUAUGACAAAGCACGUUCGCGAACUCAUCCGCAAAAACACCAGUGUCCAACAAAACAACGGCCCCAACACUGAGGAAAGAGUUCCCAUAAUUGAUUGGCAAAAAUUAUACCACACCCUAAAAUUGAACACCAUAUUGAAAGAACACGAGCCCGAUACCUAUCAAACCCUACCUAACCACUAUACAAAUUUUAAAAAUGUUUUCUCAAAGCCAAAAGCUGAAGAACUAGCAAAAGAAAGGUCAAACGUGAACUGCGAGAUUAUUCUCAAGCCAGACGCCAAGAUGCGCCGCGGAAGAGUAUACAAGAUGUCCGAUACAGAACUCAGUCUACUCAAAACCUAUAUUGACGAUGGAAUCCAACGAGGAUGGAUCCGCAAAAGCAAAUCUCCUUGCGCCUGUCCAGUUAUGUUUCGAACUAAGCCGCAUGACUCGGCCCUACGCCUUUGCGUGGACUACCGUGCCGUAAACGCCAAUACAGUCAAAAACGCUUACCCUUUGCCUCAAUUAGAUGACUACCUAAGCAAAAUGCACGGCGCUAAAUUCUUCACCAAACUCGAUCUUCGUAACGCCUUCCAUCUGCUACGAAUGAAAAAAGGUGAUGAGUGGAAAACUGCGUUUAUAAGCCAAUUCGGCCUCUACGAAUACCAAGUCAUGCCUUUCGGUCUUUGUAAUGCUCCAGCGACUUUUCAAGCAUGGAUGGACGAUAUUUUCCGAGAAUUAAGAGAAACCAUGAUGUGUUACCUUGAUGAUAUCCUCAUAUGGGGAGAAACCAAAGAACAAGUUAUCGAACGUACCCACAAAGUCCUUUAUAUCCUUGAAAAGAACGGCCUAUACGCCAAGCUUGAGAAAUGCGAGUUUGAAGUCACGAGAACAUGGUUUCUGGGUUACAUAAUCAAGCACAAUAGUAUCACAAUCUACCCUUCUAGAAUAUCUCUCGUCACCGAGUGGCCUGAACCUAAGACUCUCAAACAAGUACAAUCAUUCUUAGGCUUUAUCAACUUCUACCGCCGCUUCAUUCCACGGUUCUCCGAACUUGCCCACGGACUUACGGCUUUUACCCGUAAAGAAAACCUUCAACGUCGCUUCGAACUCGGCGAAGAAGGUCUUCAAAGUUUUAGAACUCUUCAAGACGCUUUCAAAGACUCGAAAGUACUGGGUAUUUGGGACUCCAGUCUUCCAGCGAUCCUCGAGACUGACGCUUCCUGCUACGCUAUUGCCGGCAUAUUAUCACAAAUCGUUAAUGGUGUUAAAGUUCCCAUCGGAUUCUACAGCAAGAAACAUUCACCCGAAGAGACCAGGUAUGCUACACCAGACCAAGAACUCAUGGCAAUUUGUUACAGUCUCCAACACUGGCGUCAUUAUCUAGAAGGCGCUCGACACCAGAUUACUGUCUACUCAGACCAUCGCAAUCUGACAACUUUCAACACCACCGCAAACUUGAACCGCCGUCAAGCCGGUUAUUGGGCACAGAUGAGCAGGUUUGACUACGUUAUAAAGCAUAUCGCAGGAAAAAAUAACCCCGCAGACUUACCUUCACGCCGCGAAGAUUAUAAACUCACAAAAGAUGAUGCACCCGAGGUCCACCCAUUCUUAUGCCUCGCCACAAUGUCGCAAGUUCCUCCCGAUAUUUACAACGCCCUUGUCACAGCUACAGCAACCGAUAAUUACGCAGCCGAAGUUAAUCCUUUGGACGAAGAGUCCAAGCUUAAAUGGCAAAAUGAUAUCCUGAUAUACGCUGACGAACGGGCGUACGUACCUCCAUCCCUACGAAAUCGCAUCUUAGAACUAUGCCACGACUCCCCUCUAGCGGUACAUCAAGGCCAAGCACGCACAUUAGAGAAAUGCUACCGCGAUUGUUACUGGCCAUAUAUGAAAGACGACAUAAAAAGAUACGUCCGAGGAUGCCGAAACUGUAACGAAAACAAAGACCCGCACCACGCAACCUACGGAAAACUUUCCCCACUUCCUGUUCCCGAAGGAAGAUGGACCAGAGUUCAUAUGGAUUUUAUCACUGACCUCCCUACGACAAGUAGUGGUAAUAACGCCAUCCUUGUCGUCAUCGACGCCUUAACAAAAAUGGCACAUUUUAGCCCCGUAAAACUUAAGGGAAGCGAUACCGCCAACGCUCGAACGUCCGCAGAUCUCUUCCGCCGAGAAUGCAUCCGUCUUCAUGGUAUUCCGGGUACCUUAAUAUCAGAUCGAGACACCCGAUUUCUUAACAAGUUUUGGAAAAAUAUGACGUCGAAACUGGGAAUUGUCCAACAACCUACAACAGCCUACCACUCCACGGCCAACGGUCAAGCUGAACGUGCAAACACUAUAAUUGAAGCCCUACUACGUGCAUAUUGUAACCAAGCCCAAACUGACUGGGACACAUGGUUAGAUACAUGUGAGUUUGCUUAUAAUGACUCAAAAACUUCGGCCACAGGCACCACCCCCUUCUUCGCAAACUACGGUUACCACCCACACCGCCAGUCCCACCCCGAGCUUUUCAACGAAGAACCAGACCAACAUAACGAAGGAGCAGAUUGGGUCAUAAAGCAACAGCUUAUACUUGACAAAUGCAAAGAACAGCUCCUAAAAACCCAAGCGAACAUGUCAAAAUACUACGACCAACGGCAUAGCGAAAUGAGUUUCAGAGUUGGGGAUCAAGUUAUGCUACAUACCCGCCAUUUGUCUCUCGAAGUAGACAAAUCGCGUAAGUUAGCACCUCGUUGGAUAGGGCCAUUUCCCGUAGUAAGCAUCGAAGGUCCGCUCACUUACCGCCUUAGUAUCCCAAAUAAAUUCAACAUCCCGCACCCUGUCUACCACGUCUCAAAUCUCGAGAAGUACCAUAGUCCUGAUGUGGCACAAGGUCAAACAGACGUAAAUGAAGCUCGCAUAUGGCACGAAAAGGUGACGUACCCGAUUCAACACCGACUCACGCCAUAUAGAAUCCUUGCUUGUCGCACUUCCCAGAAAGGCCGUCAAGCCCACUACAAGCUGGAAUUUAUUAAUACAGGCCAUACCAUAUGGGCCCCAAAAACAUUUGUUGGUUUCGCAAACUCCGACGAUCGACUAAUUGAUGCUUUUCAUACUCUCAAUCCCAAUGCCCCUCGACCUGCUGGGUAUAGACUGAAGGCGGAUCGCGUCUGGGAAGACAUCACACUACCAGAUGAGGAGGAUAAUGCACCACGCCGCGGACGCCCAAAAGUGCAAUUCACUAGACAAUCAACUUACGCCAUCACCGCAGACAGACCUUAUGGCGACAAAAAAUUACAAUAUGCAGUAUCCAACCCAGAAAGAUCCACGGUAACGAAGUGGAUGACCAGAGGGCAAUUAAUAAGGACUAUUGGCCGACAAGGGCUUGAUUUGGUAGAACAUUACACUACUUCAAAAGACUAA